GGACUGGCGUGUAAUUUACUACUACAGUAGUAUUUGCGCCUCAAUCAUCAGCCACACUACAGCCUUGGCCUGGGCUGCGAGCCUACAACAUCAGGCAUUGAAGCACUAGCCGCAUUCACGAAACCGAGCCAAAUCUUUAUGUCGCUGCGAAUAGAGCAUAACCAGAUGUUGCGACAGCAAACCUCUGAAUCGAGAUGAUCCAAUUAAAGACGAUGCUUAAUUGCAUCGACAAUUCCGGCGCCGCCGUCGUCGAAUGUGUCAAGGUCCUCCGCAUGAAGAGACAUGCAAAGAUUGGCGAUCGCAUUAUCGUUGUCGUUCAAAAGCAGCGCAAUUUCGGUCCGGAGUCGGGCCCAGGCAGUGGCAGCGUAUCGACAUCUGCCGCCAACAAGGUUCGCCGUGGAGAUAUGAGACACGCCGUUGUUGUGCGCACAAAGAAGAAGCUGCAGAGGCCGGAUGGGAGUGUAGUGAAGUUCGAUGACAAUGCCUGCGUUCUGAUCAGCAAGACUGGGGAUCCCAUUGGGACCAGAUUGAACGGUAUUGUCGGCACUGAAUUGAAGAAGAUGAAGUGGUCGAAGAUCUUAUCACUAGCACCAAUGCAUCUAUGAACAAAUUGGGGUUAUAUCAAAAUGUACUCAUACUGUAUAAAGAGGUAGACGGGUCACGGCGUUACACAUGCGAUAAUCAUUAGAACCUCUCGAGAGGUCAACAACUA